AUGGAUCAACUUCCUUCAAAACUCCCCUUUUCGAAGAAACGUCUUGGGGCUCGAGUUAUUAUUUCAUAUAUUUUCGACUAUGUUUUCAUCAUUGGCUUUGCAGCUGGAUUCUGGGUGCUGGAUCAAAUCGAGCCAUAUCACCAACAUUUCAGCCUCGAAAACAAGAGCCUCCAAUAUCCAUUCGCCGUCAAAGAGCGGAUCACCAUACAAGAAGCUUUACUUAUCUCAAUCGCAUCGCCUCUAGUGGUCAUAAUCCUCUAUACAUUAGUGAUUGAUGGCCUCUUCUCCCAUCACAAAUCAUCUUCACCCGAUGGAUCCGGACGCAGAAAAUUAACAGGUCCAUACAGACUGAAAGAUCGUCUGUGGGAACUCAACUGCGGCAUUUUGGGUCUGUUUCUGUCUCAAGGGCUGGCCUUUGUGACUACACAGAUCCUCAAGAAUGCAUGCGGGAAACCGCGCCCGGACCUUAUUGAUCGUUGUCAGCCGGCGCCGGGCAGUCAUGAUCUGCCGGUUUUUGGGCUUUCGAAUUCGACCAUUUGCACGGGUGAUCCGGUGCUUAUCAAGGAUGGGUUUCGGUCAUGGCCUUCGGGGCAUAGUAGCUCCUCCUUUGCCGGCUUAUUCUAUCUCUCCCUUUACUUAGGCGGCAAAAUGCACAUCAUGGACAAUCGCGGCGAAGUCUGGAAAACGAUUAUCGUCAUGGUCCCUAUCCUCGCCGCUACAUUGAUUGCCGUGACUCGAAUCAUGGAUGCUCGGCACCAUCCCUUUGACGUUAUCACUGGCUCCUUAUUGGGAGUCUUUACCGCAUGGGCUUCAUAUCGGCAGUAUUUCCCAUCUCUCUCGGAACCAUGGAAGAAAGGCAGAGCGUACCCGAUUCGGAGUUGGGUAUUCAUCAUCGUCGAGCGAGGAUGUCAGCGAGGCCUUUGA